AUGAUUCAGCCUCGUUUCCAACCGGGUCAUGAUCCGGCCAGAAAACUUAGACCGUUAUCUCUUCCAGAUAAAAUCUGCGAGAUAUUCUCAUAUCUCACGAGAAUUUCUCUCCUCUUUUGUCUCAUUUCAUCGAUAUCUCUUGUCCUCUACACCGCUUUUUUCUCCAACAACCAGACUCCAUUGAGGCUCCGUUUCCCCCACCCUACCCGAACUGGAACCCAACUCAGACCCGGCCCGCCAACAAACAUCUCCCACAUCCUUUUUGGCAUCGGUGGAUCAAACGCCACUUGGCGCGAUCGUAGCCGUUACAGCUCCAUCUGGUGGGUCCCGAACGUCACACGAGGGUUUGUUUGGCUUGACGAAAAACCCAACAAUACUCAGACCAAUAAAAACGUGCCGGCUGUUAUGGUUUCAUCUCCAGAGUGGACCCGGUUUAAAUUUUCCAGCUCAAGAUCAGCGGUCAGGAUUGCAAGGAUUAUAAGUGAUAGCGUUAAAUUAAGGUUGCCUCAUGUGAGGUGGUUUGUAAUGGGAGAUGAUGAUACUGUGUAUUUCACUCACAACUUAGUUUCUGUGCUAUCGAGGUACGAUCAUAAUCAAAUGUGGUACGUUGGAGGGAAUUCUGAGAGCGUGGAACAAGAUACGAUGCAUUCUUAUGAUAUGGCUUUUGGUGGCGGUGGAUUUGCUCUUAGUUAUCCACUGGCUGAGAGAUUGGUCAGUAUAUUGGACGGUUGUCUUGAUAGGUACUAUUAUUUCUACGGUUCUGAUCAGAGGAUUUGGGCUUGUAUCACUGAGAUUGGCGUGCCGCUUACCAGAGAACGUGGGUUCCACCAGUUCGAUAUUAGAGGAAGCGCAUAUGGUCUCCUAGCAGCACAUCCUCUAGCCCCUGUUGUAUCCCUCCACCACCUUGACAAUUUGGAGCCACUGUUCCCAAAUCGCAACCGAAUAGACUCGCUUAAAUCCAUAAAUCAGGCAUACCAGGUUGACCCGGCCCGAAUUUUUCAACAAACAUUUUGCCAUGACUACAAGCGGAAAUGGUCAAUAUCCAUAGCAUGGGGCUACACGGUUGAGCUGUACCCCUUAUUGUUGCCAGCCAAGGACUUGCAAACACCGGUCCAGACGUUCAAGACGUGGCGGAGUUGGAGUGACGGACCAUUCACAUUCAAUACUCGACAGAUGGAACCUGACCAUUGUAAACAACCCAUUGUUUUUAUGCUCGAGCGGGCUGAGGAAGUGGGCAUUAAUGGGUCCUUUUCUAGUUACGAGAGGACUGUGCAUAAGCCAGAUAAGACUUGUAAUUCAACAAGCUAUGCCCGAGCGAUGUCGGUUCAGCGAAUUCUUGUAUCCUCCUUGAAAUUGGGGCCAGAUUAUUGGAGAAAGGCACCAAGAAGAUAUUGCUGUGAGUUAAUGAAUAAAGGGAGCAUAAAGAAUAGUGUGAAGAUUAGGAUUAGAAAAUGCAGAAACGGGGAAACUAUUACUUCUAGGCUAGAUUAG